AUGGAUGGUGUCGACCUCAAACAGGCCGUGUUGAACAAGGGAAAACAGAUGGCCAGCGUCGCUGCCUCUGCUGCCAAUGGCAACGGUGGCAAGAAGCGGAGAAAGGGCACCGAUCUCAAGCCCAUCGUCACUAACGAAGCCAACCCGGCAGAUCCCACUGAAUCUGGCGCCGCGCCCGCAAACCCCAAAACAUCUGGCGCCGCAGCCUCGCGCUCGCCCUCCAGUUCCUCCGGUGACGAAAUCGAAACUACCGCGGAAGAAGAAGACUCAGAAGAUUAUUGUAAAGGUGGUUACCACCCAGUAGCGGUCGGCGAGACCUACAACAACGGUCGAUACGUUGUCGUUCGCAAACUCGGGUGGGGUCACUUCUCAACAGUCUGGCUGUCCCGAGACACGACGAAUGGAAAACAUGUCGCGCUGAAGGUGGUGCGCUCGGCUGCCCAUUACACCGAGACUGCGAUCGACGAGAUCAAGCUACUCAAUCGCAUUGUCCAAGCAAACCCGUCGCACCCUGGGCGCAAGCAUGUUGUGAGUCUGCUAGACUCUUUCGAGCACAAGGGUCCCAAUGGAGUCCACGUAUGCAUGGUUUUUGAGGUUCUUGGUGAGAAUCUGCUGGGACUCAUCAAGCGCUGGAAUCAUCGAGGUAUCCCCAUGCCCCUGGUCAAGCAGAUCACAAAGCAAGUCCUGCUUGGUUUAGAUUAUCUUCACCGCGAGUGUGGCAUCAUUCACACCGACCUGAAGCCGGAGAACGUGUUGAUUGAGAUCGGAGACGUCGAGCAGAUCGUCAAGGCCCAUGUGCAGCAAGAAGAGACGAAAAAGGAAAACAAGGAAGACAACCGCAACGGCCGCCGGAGGAGGCGCACCCUGAUCACUGGCAGCCAGCCUUUGCCCAGUCCACUCAACACCAGCUUCAGCAGUUUCGACUUUAAGCACAGCUCCUCAAACUCACACAGCAGCCUGAGUCAGAUGGUAAAUGAAUCAACACCGCCCAUUGCAGAGAAUCCGUCUAUGAAGGAAAAGCUCGGCAUCCCAGAAGAUGAAGUCGAUCACCAGAAAGAGCGAGAAAAGACAGCGGACCUCUUAGAGCGAGAAGUGUCUGGAAUUUCCCUGGACAAAGGCUCGUCAUCUACUAAGUCUGUCGAAGAGGAGAUUGACGCGAGCAUUAUUUCAGUCAAGAUCGCUGACUUGGGUAACGCUUGUUGGGUGGGUCAUCAUUUCACCAACGACAUUCAGACCCGGCAAUAUCGGUCCCCCGAAGUUAUUUUGGGAGCCAAGUGGGGUGCUAGUACUGAUGUGUGGAGUAUGGCGUGCAUGGUAUUCGAGCUUAUCACUGGCGACUAUCUUUUCGAUCCGCAGUCCGGUACGAAGUACGGCAAGGACGAUGACCAUAUCGCCCAGAUUAUCGAACUUCUGGGUUCAUUCCCCAAGUCUAUGACCAUGUCUGGCAAGUGGGCGGGAGAUAUCUUCAAUAGGAAGGGAGAAUUGCGUAACAUCCACCGACUUCGACACUGGGCCCUGCCCGAUGUUCUUCGUGAGAAGUACCAUUAUUCCGUUGACGAGGGCAUGCGGAUCAGCGAGUUCCUUCUGCCAAUGCUUGAUCUCUCGCCCGAAAAGCGCGCCAAUGCGGGUGGGAUGGCAUCGCAUGAAUGGAUGCAGGACACUCCAGGGAUGGAAGGAAUUGAUCUGGGGAUCAAGCCGGGGACUCGGGGUGAGGGGAUCGAAGGUUGGGCGUCGGAAGUCAAACGGCGAUAA